GAGGAUGCACAAGACAGCAACAACUGCAAAGGGUAUAGAAGCCAACAGGUUCAGCUGUCACUUGCUUCCCAGAAUAGCCGGGAUAGAUACAGGAGAGGCUCACUGCUCACAACCAGACAGCAGAAGCUCAGACGAGCAGGGAAUCGACACGCCACCCUCUCUCAAUCCACCGAAGCGAGAAAUGUUUCAGAUUGACAAGAAAAAUCUGGACGACUGUUUCAGGAGAGAUCCAGUUGUAAGUGUUAAAAGUGCUUAUGCUGAUUAUAUGAGUGAGACCUCUAGUGUGGUGAGUGGGUUGGAUGAAACUGAUUACGAGGUUCGGAAGCUCACUGCUCUAGCCUUCCGUAGCCUGGCCUGUCCUCACAAUAGCUACAUCGAUGUCUAUAGCACCAGGACCUCCAGCGAUUUGUCUCUGUCGCGCUCAGAGGACAGCAACAGCAUUAAAAGGUCAUCUACGUAUGUUGACUUGGGUUUCCCAGGCGAGGACAACACAAAGUCUAAUAGCAGCGCCGUCUGCACUUUAAGCACCAGAAGUGAGGAAAGCGGCAAUGCGGAUUCGGAAGAGAGUUAUGGCAGAGCCCAGUUUGAGUGCGUUGAUGUGGCUGUGGAGACUCGAGAGGAGAGCAAAGUACGAGGUGAAAGUAGGACCGUACCAAAGAGAGAGAUCCAACUGAAGAAACGCCAGCGAAGCGAACUUAAAAUCUUUACGUCGAAGGAUGCCACCGAUUGCCGGGCCGCGACUGAGCUUGGAAGCGAGAUGCAUAAAACGGAGGAAGCUCCAAACUUUCCAGAAAAGCCCGAAACCGCUCCUUACAAAAAGGAGACGAAGGUGAGCGUGGAAACGAAGGAAGAAGUCAACAGGCAACUGAAGAGAGCGGAGUCAAUGGAAGAAUGCUCAAAAAAGGCCAAAUUUGCCUCGUGUCACAUAUCUAACGUCAUCUCGAAGAAGAUGCUCUUCGAGCAAGAGCUUAAAAUGGAACGUGGAGUAAUUCAGGACAACCUCCCUUCUGUUCCCUCAACCCCCUCCUCUGUAAACUUGAAGGAGUUUGAGUUUCCCCAGGAACUGAGACGCCAAAACUCCAAUUCCAAAUCCGAGAGCGAUAUGUCCGAGGAGGAACUUUCCAGGAGUUUCAGAAGGAAAAGUUAUGAUCUCGGUGAGGCGACGCAUGAAAAGAGAAGUGUUUUGCGACAGAACAGCUGGGGGUCUAUAUGGUGCGAGGGGGGUCUUGGUUUAGAUGGGCAGCCCAGCAGAGAUAUCUUUAAUCGUGGGGAAAACAGCGCGUUUAGAAACUGGAAGGAAAGCAACACAGACAGCAUAAAGGGAAUUAAAUCAGGGAGAGGGAUGGGGCUAUGUGGAGAGCAAUCUUACUUGAUGUUACAUGGCUUAGACAGUGUGCGAGCUGAUGAGAAAAAGGCCAAUGAACAAGUUGUAGUAGACAGUGAUGUAGAUGGCAUCCCACAUCUUCCCAAGGAGAUCUCGCAAGUCAGUCAGUCAAAGCAAAGCAAGCUGACAGCUUAUGAAGACAAGAUUAGUUACAAGUGGUCAGGUAGCACUUCCGAGUUGAAGAAUCAGCCAAGACGUAUUUCUAGGUCACCAGAAAAAACGAAAGCUUUGCAAAUGCCAAUGGAGAAGUUGAAUGAGCUCUUUGGAAGCAUAGAGCUGUUGUCCCCAAACAUUAGCUCCAGCAGUAAAGUAAUUCCCCUAGACCCUAAAUAUCACACACUGCCAGCAUCCUUUAAAUAUGAGACUGGUGAUUGCAAGGUGAAAGAGCCCCAGUUCGAGAUAAAAGACAACAGAUAUUUAAAACAGAAAGGAAAAGGGCCUAUACAUCAUGUGCGAGAUGUGCGUAAAUUGGUCAAAAAUACCUACGGGGCUUUGACAUUCACUGACGUAAAACUGUACGGAUCUGAACAAGUUUUUAAUCCUGAAGAUUCAGAAGAUGCCACACCUGAUCGCACUUCAUCGCUAAACACUCUGCCUUUGCCCAUUUUUAUCAAAUACCAGUCAAUAAAUCACAAAGGCAUCAGAGACAAUCAUCUGUCAGUUGAUAAAAAGUACUGGACGUAUGCAGGGAGUACAGACACCUCAAGGAUGUAUUCUUCAGACAUCAAGUUCUUAAUUCCAACAGACAUCAUGAAGAACAAGGUUGGUUCCUCCAGGAAAACAGUGAUUGAGAAAGAAGGAACUGAAGAUUUAAUCCAUUUUACUGAUAUGAAAACGUCUAAAAAAGAGCAGGCAAAAGAUGACAAGGUGCAAACCUCAUCUACAGUGAAGAAUGAAGAUGUCAAAGCAUCGGCAAUGAAGGCUGGAUCGAAAACAGAAGCCCAGGUUGGAGGAGAAAAUUUGAACAAACACCUGACUGGUAAGAUUUGUUUGAAUAAUGAAAGCACCAAUUUGUCCUCUGAAAGAAAUAAGCAGAAACAAAAUGUUUCCGUGCAUCCUAAGGAUAAAGUGAAGACUGACAGAGAAAGUCAAAUUCCUUCCAAAUUCAAUGCAGCCAAGGAAGAUAGUAAUAUCUCACCCAAUAAAGUUUCUCGUCAAACAGAAGGACAAGUCAAACUGCACAACCAACUUGGAAAUACAACUUCAAACACAGAAGCCAAUGUGAUACAUGGAAACAGCGAGCGUAAUAGAGAUGUGCGAGAUCGAUCAGAAGGUCAAACUAAACGCUUCAAGAUUUCACCGUCAAAGAAUGACGAUCUCAAACUGUCGACCAAAAAGAAUGAGCCUAGAACGGAGACCGAAGAAAAUCCAACUGCAUACACCAAAGACGACCUGCUGACUGGCAAAACUAAGAGCGGUGAUCGGAACGAAGAUGGUCCCGAAAAUUGGCUUAAUUCCCGAGAUUAUUGUGUCCAGAAUCAUGACGUUCAGUCGCUCGGCAAAAGGGAGACCAAGAACGAGUUGUCAACUGAAUUGGAGAAGCAAGUGAAAAAGGGGAAAGCUGAACAGGUGCAGGCUUCAGAGAAGCCAGGGCUGAAGCCAGGGUUAUUGCGGGAAUCACAGCUAGUUAAAGAUAGCUACGUAUUGUCACUGAUUUUGGAAGAAGAAAGGAUGAAGGCAGAUAAGAAUAGCUCGGAGCCUAGUGACAGCAAAAUUAGAAAUAAACAACUUUCAUCUGUACAGUACCAGAUCCCAAAUGAUCCUAUUCCACAGCCUUCGCCUUUAGUUAGGACAGAAGACAAAGAGGCAAGGUCCCGGCAAGAUCUUCAGAAGGCUACCAGGCAAGUUAAAUUCCCAAAAGAACACAAAACCUGCUCUGAAACUGUAAACUAUCUCGCCAUUCCUAUUAAGGAACAGAAGCCGCCUGUGCCUGCUCAGGUACAAACACCUACCUCUCCGUAUUCCACUGGUUUUAAGUCAAGUCAGCCUACUCCAUUGGCCAUCCCAUAUUUUCAGCGCCAACAGAGUUGGGAGAUUCCAAAUCCUCACAGGCAAGAGAAAACGCUUUCUCAGCAAGUCUCCCAGGAAUCGCAGUCUCCCGGUACAUCUCUAUGGAAUCCAUACAGUCUCUCUCAGGUCCCCAAUCCAUCGCAGCCCCAAAUGCUUCCUUUCUUUCCGGAGGCAAGGACAUUGAACUUUCCUGAAACAUUUUGCGAGGUACCCCAGAGUGCUCAAGAUAUCGACAAGGCCCCAGUGCCAAGCUACCAGUAUCCUCAAACAGAGAGGAAGAUCCUGGUUGACCCAGAGACGGGAAAGUACUACUUUGUUGAUGCUCCUGUCCAGCCUUCAAGGAAAAUGCUUCUGGAUCCAGAAACUGGUCAGUAUGUUGAAGUUGUAAUGCCUCAGGCUCAGCCCACGUUUGGCGGUUUGUACCAAAUGCCAUUCUCUCCCUAUCUUCUUAAUCCGAGUGUCGUGGCGCCAUCGUAUUUGCCAAAUGUGCCAUACCCCGGGUUGCUUGUAAACCCGCAGGUGUCCUCUCAAAGGCCUCCAGAUAUGCCGUCCCAACAAAGUGGCCUGCACACUAAUCAGGCAGAUAAGCAACAUCACAUCCAUAGGAGCAUAUCUGCUGAGACUGAAUAUAUGGAAAGCUUGUAUUACAUCCCAACAGGUAUGACCCUAUGUCCUAAUCCUACCCUGCCGCAAGUAGCCAUGCGAGCCAAGUCUUGCCUUGAAGUCAAAGAGUGCAAACCUACAGCCAUUUGAUCAUCACAGCACAAUGCUGGAGUGACUAGCAUCUCGUCCUACGGUAGCUUUACAGUGGAUUAAGGACAAGCAUGACACACACAUGUUAACUCAAGCGGAGGAAGAGGUAUCGUGGCUGCAGUCAAGCGAGCAGCAAGCUUAGUGUCUGGUUGGAAGAAGACCGAACACACUGUUCAUCACGAAAAGGAUAAAUGGAUCUGUGUAUUCACUCUGGAGAUAACAGCUAAGAUUUACUACCGUCUCAAACAUGAUUGACAAGCUUACACAACCAUUCACAAACACCUUCCCUUAUUUUCUGUUAACCACAUCUAAGGAAAGUAGAUCCAUCCUAUAGAGGAUCUUGGUUACGGGGGAAUGUUCUCAUUGCAAGCCAACAGAUUCUGGUUUGCUCCAGCAUCUACAAGUAUUUCACUUGGUAGCAUUUGGUUGAAUAACUGACUCAUGCACCUCACAAAGAGUAGUAACUUGAGAGUCAAAAUCUUCUAGUUACAAUAGUGCAAAUAGAUAUGUUACUGUCACAGAAGAUAAGGGUAUAUAAUUACUGAGAAAAGCCCCUGUGAUUUUCCCAGAGUGAUUUUCCAAGUGCACAUUUUGAAUCUUUCUCUCAUUAUUGGGGGAAAAAAAAGUGGCUUUGAAAAAUGUUGUAAUUCUUAACCAAAGUUUGCAUUUAGUCAAGUUUAUGUCAGUGGGUGGGGGCUGCAUUUUGAAAUUAACUCGGUUAGUUCCCGGGCAAAGUUAUCCUACCCCUUUGUUUUUGUAAUCUUAUUAUUUUUACUUUGUCACACUACUGUCAUAAAUUGUACGGCAAGGUUUGAGGAGAGAUCAGCAAAGUGAGAUUAGACUAGGAGGAAAACGUUCACACAGACUUGAUUUGCUGAAUGGUCUAUUGCCAUUUUAUAAUGUUCUUGUCAUAUUACUGGAGUAGGUAUGGUUAUUUUUUUUUGACGUGUGGGAUAUCAGAUGAGAGAGAUACGAAGGCUUUAUGCAAGUAUUAACAUUCAGAAAAUAAGGUAUCGUGUUAGAUAAGCAGCUAAAGAACUUUCCUGUCACCUGUGUUGUUCAUCUUAAGCUGCUUUUUCCUAAUUAACGAGGUGAGGAGGAAAUUGGAACAAAAUAAAGGAUAAAGAAAGAGGCCAUUUGCCCGUUGAAAAAUGUGCUGCCGUCAAAAAAAGAUUAAUAAAUUGAUCCCUCAAUCCA